CAAUAACCCACCAAAGCACAAACGACUCUACCACGAAUUUCUGCCGCAUGCGCUCGGCGCAUCGCAUCGCACUCGAAGGAGAAAAUUACUUACACUCGGGAGCUUUCUUCUCUUUGCUGCCGGGUCGUCCAGAUCCAGGCCAGCAGGCACGGAGCCGCUGUUGGACUUGCGCUUGGAACUCAUCGUGCGCCUCGAAUGCGACGAUUUUUGGAUCGCAGCCGAAAUUCGGAUUUCUCAGGGUGAUGGGUCGGCUCCUGCAAAUGGUGGUGAUGGUACAAUGGCUCCCCGCAACGCGUGCAGGUGAGAGUUGAUGCGCGUUGUAGAGUCUCCAGCUUUGGCCGGGAUGUUUUCUGCGAUGAAGGGGGGACGGGACGGGAGCACCGCGAAAAUCGAUGAAUGUGGUUGUGUCUGGAUGCUCGCAAACGAACGUCUCUGCCACAGGCAAAUUGGGAAGAAAUGACGCAAUUACUGAUUACUGCUCAGCAGUGAAUGCACGCUGGAUGCGAGUAAAAUGGCACUUUCUCCGUAUGGGAUAUUGCAGGUAUUGUGUCGGCUGCUCAGUGCUCUCUCUCUCUCUACCACGCUGCACUACGACUAGCUGGUUGGCACCUGGUUGGCUGCACUGGCCUGAUCUCUGGGGGUGAUGGAUCACCCUAGCCCAGCCAAGGUUUGCCGCCUCGAAUGCAAGGCCGCAACCAGGCAUCAACGGGAAUAAUAAACAUUGGAAGGUCUGGGGACUUGAACUUCUUCAUUUCGACAAAAGAGUUCACCCCAUCACAUCAUUCGCUUCUCUGCUAAACACGGCCCGACUAGUUUCCUUGCGGUACCGCUUACAGUACUUGACACCCCGUGGCUCCAUGUGCAACAGCAUCGUUACUUGAAUUCCCCCAAUCCACUUUGCUGCUUGCCUCGGCCACUGUUCCAGCGACCAAAACACAGACGAACCUUUGAAUACCUUCCCCCCUUUCCCCAACUUUGUACCACUGUUUCCCCGGCCAAGUACUGCCAUAUUUUCUGCGCCGCCCCAAAACCAACUCCCAUUCUACGCACGGUGGUGAAUUUCCCACCCUCUCAGUCCUCCAUCUACACUGGAUCCUCGUCGAGAGGUUGCGACUUCGGCUCAACUACGUCGCGUCUGCCCCGCCAUUAGGUCUGACAGCCGCCCCGACCUUUGCAGCACCAGCACGUUUGCUAGAACACAGAUCCGGAAGGGAGAAGAUGGCGGACAUGGAAUAUAACAGAAGAAAUAAGGUUCCACGCCCACUAUCGGAAAACGAAAAGGCGCGCCUCGAAGAGUUCAUCGACUCCAUCCACUACUCCGCUCGGUGAGUCUGCGCGACCUUAGUCUGCGCGACCUUUGCGACUUGGUGAACGCCGGCACCAGCCACCACUAACACAACUUCAGAUACUCGGACGAUGACUACGAGUACCGACAUGUUCAAUUGCCAAAGAAUAUGCUCAAGGCGAUCCCCAAGGAAUACCACGACCCCUCUAAGGGUACCUUGAAGCUGUUGUGGGAGGAGGAAUGGCGAGCCCUGGGCAUCACACAGGUAGGCGAUGACGGAUGAGAUCGAUGUGUCGAAAUCACGCUGACCUUUGUCCGCAGAGUCUUGGAUGGGAGCACUACGAAGUCCAUGAACCAGAGCCGCACAUUCUGCUAUUCAAGUAAGUCGCGAUGAGUUUCCGAGGGUCCCGGGUGGAUGCUCACCUCUUCUACAGGAGACCGAUCAACUAUGUUCCUCCCACUCAAUGAAGGAUAUCAACAUGAAUACUCGAUUCCAGUUUGGGUGAUUCUUAUGAGGCAGCGUGGGACCUUUACAAGCAAUGGCGUUUGCUUUGACGAUGUCAUGUUUCAUGUCGACGAUACACAUUACUUUUUAUAGCCCUUGAAUGGCUACUUCGAUGUACCAGAAUAGGGUUAAUGGAUAUCCUCUCCUUUUGAGGUUUCUGGUCUCAUCGGUGGUGUGAGCACUUUGAGGUGUAUGAUAACAAAAGAUAGCAGAAGACUAAUAUGCUGGGGAGAUAUUGGAGAAGGGGGAUUCAUAUGGAGCAGACGUUGUUUUAUCAUUGAGAAUAGAUGGCGGAUUUGCCUGGGAUUUUCUCUUUCCAUUGUCCUGAUCCGAUCGAGUGAGAGAGGAUUUAGCCUGACCUGGAAGCUACCCCGCUAAAUAAUGUUCUCGUA